GUCAGGACAGACACGUCCCUCUGGUUUAUAAAGAACCCAACUGAGAGCGGCUCAACAAGACCACCAUGACACAGCUCAUUCAGGGAACAGCGAGUGGUGGCGAGUGGUGCAAGUUUGGCGUCUUGCAACGCGGAUAUGUAGGCCUAUCCGAAAACAUCUACAGGAGCAGCGCUGUGAUUCCUCAGGUAAGCAUGGUGGAUUGGGGUACUUCCAUUGAGUUUGCUGGCAUUUCAGCUAACACAAAUAUUUCUGCUGGUUUCACGACUGUGGGGGACACGACAAUACGGACGGUGGCCGGUACCAGGAGAGGAGAAAGGAGUGGGCGGGCUGCCGGAGACCGCUUACCAGGUGUAGAGGCUGGGUGCUCGGGAAGAGGUCCCAAAGAGGUGGCGGCUGGUGCAGCUGUCAGCCUCGGCUUGAGGAGCAGUCUCGGCGGGGAGGCAGCGGUUGAAGCGGCGGGUUGUCCGUGGAGCAAUCUUGGACAGAUGGUGACUGAAACGACUCAACACUCGGAGGAUAACGUUAAUCACCGGAAUGUGGACGAUACUGGGGGAAGACCACUGUGAGGGUGGUUGGUUGUUCAGGGACCCCGAUGUUCUGAAGGGAUUCAGACACUCAAACAUGGACAAUAAAAUGGACUGGAAGGCCCUGAACAAGGACACUGUGAUAGAAAUGUCCAGAUUUAACACACCAUCGACACUACACUGAGAGUCGACGCUGCUGAGGAGCUGCAGUGUGAUACAUUUUUAUGUCUUCUCUUACAUAUAUUUUUGGAUCUUGUUCUAUUAUAUUGUAAUCUGUGAUAUUGAUAGAGGAUGAUUUUAUGGUAGUGAUAAUCUUAGUAAGAUAUAAUAGUUUGAAUUAGUUUUUGAGUUUUCUUUUACUGCAUGAGUAAUACUUAAAUUUUACAAUAUUUUCUUUAUUUUAAUUGUUUUAGAAUGAUGGUUUCUGAUAUGGGGUAAAUACACUGGGACCUCAGAUGUUUUCUUUUUUCUCGGGUGUUUAGGGAUAUUGGUGCUAGACAGGGAGAGGUCCACUGGAAGGUGCGAUGGGUUGACCAGCUUGAAUUUGGACAUUUUAUGAUUUUAUUUACUGAGGUUUCCACAUGUAUUUGUUCAACUCGUAUCCCUACACAAAAUGUUAAAAUUCCUCCUUUUUAAAUUGGUCUGGCGUACUAUAUGUGGUCGCCUAAGGCAGAGGGGCCGUGAGAGAAUUUUUCCUGUCUAGAUUGUUUGAUGGACAUUUCAGGAAAGACAGCUGCCUGACAGGUUUUCGCUCUCGCACUCCAUAAAGUUGCUGUAUUAAGGUUAUGCUGUAGGCAGCACUGUAGGAGGAACUGUUAUUUUUGUCAAAACUGCAAGUAUGUAUGUAUUACUCUUUAUUUUUCGAGACUCUGUGUAGUCUCGAAGGGGGGAAAUAUGUAGUAUCUGACGUGCCACAUGUUAUGUGAUGGCCUGGGUCUUUCAUGAUCAGUUAGGGGCCCAGGUCAAGGAUAGAUAAGCUAGGUGAAAGGUUGGAUUUCAUCUAGAUUGUCUUUCUGUCACCUGUCACAUUUUGUCUCAAAGUUCACAAAAACAACCGAACUCUAUAUAGGCAGAGUACUUGGAGCUGUUUUUCAGAGCAGUUCAUAUUGGCUUCGAACACUCUCCCAGGCAAUCUAGGUGCUUGAUUUGAUGCUGUACUUCUUGUAAUAAACCUUUUCUAUAUACAAGCAAGAUGGUGUCAGCGGAGUCUCCUUCAUCACCUUCACAUCAUCGCUAUUUAAUAAACAACAAGCACACUCUCGAGUGUAAUAAUGCUUAAUUUACAAUUUAAUUCCUCUAAAACUGUUGCUAUGUUUUUUUGCCAAAACAAACAAAUCAUGCACAGAACCUGACGUUUUUUUUUUUGUUGUUUUUUUUUUAGUCCUACUGUACUUUCUAUUAUUACUGUUUUAUUGAUGUAUAUGGCCUUGUUGUCCUGUUGUUUGUUGCUGUCCUGUUUUUAUGUGUUUGGCAUUAAUUGCCGCAGGGACGAAAGAUGGAAAUUAGCCAUUGGCUACAAUCUUGCAUAUUUACACUUGUGUGUUCAUCAAUAUGUACUGUCCCUGUUUUAAAAAAAAAAAUAAAGUCAAAGUCAAGUCAAACUUCAUGUUAAAAAAGUCAGCAAAAUUCUCAAAUUUACACUUGCAAAUUUCAGGCAUCUCAGAAAUCAUAUGUUUACAGAAGCUGCAAAAAUGUACAUGUUCUCUCUCAUAAUAUCUCAUAUUAUUUACUGUUUAUCAACCUGGGCGACUGCAAACUCCACUAUUCUAAAUCCAGUCACAUCCUUAUAUAAACAAGCUCUCAAAGUUCUGGAUAAAAAAUCACAAUCCUUUCAUCAUUGCACAAUACUCGAUAAAUAUAAGCUUCUAAACUGGAACAGUCUUGUCAUUUUCAUAAACUGCUGCCUAUUGUACAAAAUCCAUCACAGCCUAGCUCCACCUCCACUCUGCAGCCUUGUACAGUUUAGAUCACUUGUAACAAGUGUCACCAGAGGGGCAGCUAGAGGAGAUUGUGAGAUCCCAUUCAGGAAAACUUAAUUUGGCCAAUCAGUUUUUACCUAUAGGACAGGUAACGAGUGGAAUACAAUAUAAGACAGUCCAUCUCAUACAGCUCAUUUAGAAAAAGCUAAAGGAAUGGCUAAUUGACAACCAGAUCUGUCAACAUUAGUGCCUGCACCCCCUGUAGUACAUGGUUUAUCAGUUUGUGUGUGAAAUUUGUUGUUGUCGUUGUUGUUGAUAUGAAUUCUUGCCUUGUCUGGUUGGGGGAUAUAUACACCCUUGUGUGGCUGAGGGUAAUGAGAGCUUGUCACUGGUAGUGGACCGGACCGUGUGUGUAUGUGUAUAUAUAUAUUUGUAAUGUUACUGUUUUCUAAAUAUUGUACCUAUGACGUGUAUUUCUUUUACUGUAAUUGUUUUUGUUGUUUUUUUACCAGGUCACUUAGCCGUGUUCUUUCUGGCAGGGGGACUGCCAAUGGAAAUUAGCCUUUUGACUACAAUUGGGUGCAUUUACAUUUUAUUUUUAAAAUGUUCAUUAAUGUACA